AGAAAUCAAUCCCACAAGGCCACAACACUCAAUAAAAUCCCAAUUCUCAAAACCAAAACCAAAACCAAAACCAAAACCAAAACCAAAUUCAAUUUACCCAAAAAAAAAUAUAAAAGUCACUUAAACCUUAAGGCAAGCUCCACUUAAACCGGACCUCGAAAAAGGAAAAAAAAAUCACCUAAAUUUCUCCAAUCAAAUUCUCUCGGAUCUACUCUUUCUCAAAAUCUCUCUUAUUUUUACCCUUUUUUAGAUUGCAUCUUGGAGAAAAAAAUAAAAAACCAAUCAAACAUUAUCAACAACAAUUUUCCAACAUGCCCAAUUAGUCAAAAUUCCAAAUUUCAUUUCUGUCUUAAUUUAAUUUUUUCACCCAAAAAAAAUAAAAAACACCCAUCUAAUUUAUUGUAGAAAGAGAGAGAGAAUUUUUUUCAAAAAAAAUGAGGAAGGCAGCGGUGGGUGCGACGGUUAUAUGUGCGGCGGCGGUGUGUGCGGCGGCGGCAGUGGUGGUGCGUCAAAGGAUGAAAAGUUCAAGUAAGUGGGCUCGUGCAAUGGCUAUACUUAAGGAGCUUGAUGAAAAGUGUGAGACACCUUUGGGUAAAUUAAGACAAGUGGCAGAUGCUAUGACAGUUGAGAUGCAUGCUGGACUUGCAUCAGAGGGUGGUUCUAAGCUUAAGAUGUUAAUCAGCUAUGUUGAUAAUCUUCCUACUGGGGAUGAACAUGGAUUAUUCUAUGCAUUAGACCUUGGUGGCACCAACUUUCGAGUACUACGAGUGAAAUUGGGUGGCAAAGAAAAAGGUGUUGUUCAACAAGAAUUUGACGAAGUGUCAAUUCCACCCGAGUUGAUGGUUGGGACGUCGGAAGAACUGUUUGAUUACAUAGCUGCUGCACUUGCUAAAUUUGUCGCAACGGAAGGUGAAGGUCUUCAUCCUGAACCAAAUAGACAGAGAGAGCUGGGAUUUACCUUCUCUUUCCCAGUUAAACAGACAUCAAUUGCAUCAGGGACUCUUAUAAGGUGGACCAAAGGCUUCAGCAUAGAAGAUACAGUUGGUGAAGACGUGGUGGCCGAAUUGACCAAGGCCAUGAAAAGAAAGGGUGUAGAUAUGCGUGUGACAGCUUUGGUCAAUGAUACAGUUGGAACCUUAGCUGGAGGUAGGUAUACUAAAGGAAAUGUAAUUGCUGCUGUCAUAUUGGGUACUGGAACAAAUGCAGCUUAUGUAGAACGUGCUAGUGCAAUUCCUAAGUGGCAUGGUCCUUUGCCCAGAUCAGGGGAGAUGGUUAUUAACAUGGAGUGGGGCAAUUUCCGUUCAUCGCACUUGCCCUUGACAGAAUAUGAUAUUGCGCUAGAUGAAGAAAGUUUGAAUCCUGGUGAACAGAUCUAUGAGAAAAUGAUAUCUGGAAUGUACUUGGGGGAGAUGGUGCGUAGAGUCUUGUGUAAGAUGGCAGAAGAAGCCAGUUUCUUUGGUGAUACAGUCCCACCAAAACUGAAAACUCCAUUCAUCUUAAGGACACCAGACAUGUCUGCCAUGCACCAUGACACAUCACCUGAUCUCAAAGUUGUUGCUAGCAAACUGAAGGAUGUCUUAGGGAUACCAAAUACAUCAUUGAAAGUGAGAAAGGUUAUAGUUGACAUAUGUGACAUUAUCGCUUCUCGUGGGGCCUGCCUUUCUGCAGCCGGGAUCUUGGGCAUUAUUAAGAAACUAGGGAAAGACGCAUUGAAGCAAGGUGAGAAUCAGAAGUCUGUGAUUGCAUUAGAUGGAGGGUUGUUUGAACACUACGCCAAGUUCCGAGAGUGCAUGGAGGACUCUUUGAAGGAAUUACUAGGUGAUGAAAUCGCUGACACCAUCGUAGUCGAGCACUCAAAUGAUGGAUCAGGCAUCGGGGCUGCUCUCCUAGCAGCAUCGCAUUCUCAGUAUCUUGAGGAAGAAGAAUCUUGAAGGGGCAGUUUUAGGUAUGAAAAAAAGCCACAAAAGAUCUUAAUAUCCUCAAUUUUGUAUAACUUUUGCUUCAUAAUACUUUUCUUGAGCUCUUAGAUCCUCAAGAGAUCUUGCCAAAAGAAUUUUUUUAGACUUUGCUGCCCCUGUGAAGAAUAAAUCUGGCAAAACGGGGCUCAGCUAGCUACAUGGGAAAAUGGCAUGGAGCUCUGCUGUUCCGCCCGUUUUUAAAAACGGGUUGUAUAUUCCAAAUCAGGUUAGAUGUUCGAGAAUAUAUUGGCCGGAAAAAUUUCAUCCUUGGCUAUGGUGCAAUGAGGGAGGGGAUUAGAUCUGUGUCAAUUUUCUCUGUAGCUGUAAUUUGGCAGGAAACUGCUCUUGCUUCCCUAUUGAUAUUUGCUGGGCUUUUCUAGUCAGCUUUGAUCUACUUUAUUGUGUCUUGGAAAAUUAGGUGGAAUAAAAGAAAGAAGUUAAUCUUUGUUGUUUGA